AUGACUGUCACGUCGAAAAAGGAGGAGGAUGAAGAGGAGGAAACUGGAUAUCUGGGCCCGGUUUCCCAAACGCGUCUUAAGGCGUCCAAUGGUUCUAACGGUGAACUUGGCCAUAAGAUGGUUUUGAGAAACCAUUCCCUGAUUAACACUAGAGAGAGACCUGACUAUCGUGGAUCAUCUGGAGAGCCUCAACAACAUCAUGAAGCUGACGAGGCAGAGAAGAGUCUCUCCAGAUCAGAACAAUUCAAGAAACACCAGCGGAAAUCCACAGGAAAGAAACCUCACUGCUGCUCUGACUGUGGGAAGAGUUUCACCUCUUCAACAGACCUUAAAAGACAUCAGAGAAUCCACACAGGAGAGAAACCUAAUAGCUGUAAUCAAUGUGGAAAGAGUUUUAGUGUUACAAGCAGCCUGAAAGCACACCAGAAAACACACACAAGAGAGAAAUCUUAUAGCUGUGAUCAAUGUGGGAAGAGUUUUGUUACAUCUAGCAUUCUGACUACACACCAGAGAACACACACAGGAGAGAAACCUUAUAGCUGUGAUUGGUGUGAGAAGAGUUUUACUACAUCUAACCAGCUGACUAUACACCAGAGAAUACACACAGGAGAGAAACCUUACCACUGCUCUGACUGUGGAAGGAGCUUUGUUUCUUCCCAAUAUUUAAAAUCACACAAGAGAACACACACAAUAGCGAAACCUUACCACUGCUCUGACUGUGGAAAGUGUUUUGUUUCGUCACAAUACUUAAAAUCACACCAGAAAACACACACAGGAGAGAAGCCUUAUAGCUGUGAUCAAUGUGGGAAGAGAUUUAGUCACUCAAGCAACCUGAUGGUACAUUUAAGAACGCACACUGGAGAGAAACCUUUUAGCUGUGAUCAAUGUGGGAAGAGUUUUACUUCAUUUAGCCAGCUGACUAUACACAAGAGAACACACACAGGAGAUAAACCUUACCACUGCUCUGACUGUGGAAAGAGUUUUGUUUCCUCCCAAAAUUUAAAAUCACACGAGAAAACACACACAGGAGAAAAGCCUUAUAGCUGUGAUCAAUGUGGGAGGAGUUUUACUCACUCAAGGAACAUGAUAUCACACCAGAGAACACACACAGGAUAGAAAUCUUGUGGCUGUAAUCAAUUCAAGUUUGAAUCCCCGAUCUGACAUGGUACAAAUCUGUCGUUCUGCCCCUGAACAAGGCAGUUAACCCACUGUUCCUAGGCCAUCAUUGAAAAUAGGAAUUUGUUCAUAACUGGCUUGCCUAGUUAAAUAAAGGUGAAAUUAAAAACACAUUUUGGAAGAGGUUUACUCCUGAUAGCCCACCAGAGAACACACACAGGAGAGAAACCUCAUAGCUGUGAUCAAUGUGGGAAGAGAUACUCUGAUAAAAGAUCUCUGAUUAAACAUCAGAAAAUACAUAGUUGAAGGAGUUGUUUCAUGAUAUCACUGAAAUAAUGUCACAAUGUCUUAACAUUAUAGUAGGAUUAUUUUAAUGAUGUCACAAUGUAGAAUGUUUUAACAUUGUAGUAUGAGUAUUUUAAUGAUGUCACAAUGUAGAAUGUUUUAACAUUAUAGUAGGAGUAUUUUAAUGAUGUCACAAUGUAGAACGCUAAACAUUUGCCCCCUGUUCUAUUGAUUUCAGCAUGAUAUGGAUAUUAGCCUCAUUGGGAAAAAUACAGGCUCUGAAUUGAAAGAGUACUAUUUAUAUGAUUAACACAAACACAAAUAAAGUGUUGCGUUUCACUUCCCGCGUUGGCGACCUACUUGAAUCAAACUGACACAUUUUAAAAUGUAGCUUGCUGUUUUCUACAAAUUAACCUCUAAACAGUGAUGUACACAUUAUUCCCACAUUCCGUGUGGUGUUUGAGCUGUUUUCACAGAACGUGAAACCUCAUCUCUCUCGCGCAAUUGAUUUCAACGUGAUAUCGAUAUGAGUGAUGAUGAAUAGGUGAUGCGUUUCUCUUAGUUUUGGGGACCCCUAGAUUUAAAUGCAUCCCUCCGAAAUGUAGCUGACUGUUUUCUGCAGGUUGUCGUCUAACCAGCGAAGUAAAAGAUAUCUCCCAUUUUCAUGUGUUUGUUUAAAUUGUGUUAGUUUCAACAGCACUUACAACCUGAUUUCCCCCCUAAUUGAUAUCAGUGAUGUAUUUGCUACUUGUCAAAACAACAGCGUUGUUGGUACUUGUGCUGUUUAUAAGGUGCUCGUUUAAAAUAAAAUACAAGAGAUGUGAUUAACAUGUGGAACAUGUUUGUUUCGAUAGUAAACAUUAUGUUUAGGUUUUCAAUGUAUCACAAACUGUUUCUGCACAUUGGUUAUUGAUUUUUACACGUUAAAAUCGUUUUGACAUCGGGCUUUCCCACCUGUCAAAAUGUUGUUGAAAAGACGUUGAAAAUAAGCCUAUUAUGUCCAAUACAUAUGAACAAAGGGGUGUAUAUUCGGUUUUUAUAUUUCAUAAUAUUUCAAUGUAAUGUAACAUUUAGUAAUCACAAUUUAUGCGACUAACUGAAUUGUAUUGCUACAAUUAUAUUGUUUACAAAGACUGUAGUAAAACUAGCUUAUAUUUCUGGUUGGACAUUACAUCCUGUUCUUACUAUGUUAAUGUCUUUUCCUUAGAAUACUCAUUAGUCUUUCAGUUUUUAUUGUUAUUCUUUAAUUUUUCUAUGCACUUAUGUUUGUUGUGUUGUAAAUAUUUAAGUUUUUAUGUUCAUAGUUUCUUAUUACGUGUGAAGAGCAUUGUGUUGCAUCCAUGUUUGAAAUUUUCUGUAUAAAUAAAGCUUGAUUUGAUUUGAACAUA